GACAUGACCCGUGAGAAGCAAAGAGUAGUUUUUAUAUCCCAGACAAUCUCACGGCUUUGGCUACAAAAAUCACGGACGUUAAAAUAAGGCGUGAAACUAAAAACACCUUGUAUGUAAAAAUGGACUUCUCACGGCUCAUCUUUAAAUAUCACGGGCGUGAGAUUAACCCGUGAUAUGGGCACAACUGAAACUCAAAAACACGCCUCACAUCUGAAAAUCUCACGGCCGGGAGAUGAACCGUUAGAUUUUUUUUAAAAAAGGGGGAAUUCCAGGGGGUUUCACGGGUUGGGUUCGACAGUAUCACGGCCGUGAGAUGAGCCGUGUUUGUGUAAUUGAAAUGCUGGACUUCUCACGGCUCAUCUGUUAAUCUCACGGGCGUGAGAUCAACCCGUGAGAUGGUCACAGCUGAAACCCAAAAAACACGCCUCACAACUUAAAACUCACGGCCGGGAGAUGUGCCGUUAGAAUGUUUUUUCAAAAAAUGUAAGUUCCAGGAGGUUUCACGGGUUAUAUCACGCCCGGGACAAAAACCGUGAGAUGGAACCCUCAAAUUGGAAACACCCUAUUUACUUCCUCUUUUCUACUUGAACCCGACCCCCAACCGUGAAGAAAGCAGCUAAAAGGUUGUCCAAAAAGAAUAAACAUCAUUUAGCAAGUAAAGCAGGUGCAGAGCUAAACUUCUAUUCUUCUUCCAAAAUCACAUCAACACCUUCCGUAAGUCUAGACUUGGCUAAGUAGUUACCAAGAAGAACGACUUCAAUGGGACAAUAUUGAAAAUCCAUCUUUAUUUCUUCCCAAGUCUUUAGAUGAACUAAAAAUCCAAAAUAUCUUGCAAAUAAAACAAAAGCCACUGAACAUUUGUAACCUUCUACCCGCCAUUUCCUAGGUUGGGGACAAGAUGCAGCAGAACAGUAGUAUUGAUAAAGCAUCAUGGAACUUUAACAUUUCAUUUUCCUCAAUUCGUUAACCAACAUACGAUCACCACCUUCAUUAGAAGCAGCAUAAUCAGUAGCUCUGAAAACAUAACAAAUACACGAGCUUCUAACAAUUUGGAGCAGUAUGAAGUAGGCAAGAAAAAGAUGCUGUUAUGCGUUACAAUGAGGUCUACUGAUUGUAUCAAAUGUUCCACCACGAUACCAACGCUUGCUAAAGAUUCUAGAAUUGAUCAGUCAUAUAAAAUGAGAUCGAGGCACGGAAUGUACAAUAAAGACUAAAACUGGGAGUAACUCCCAAGCUGCCGUAUAUUCUAAGGCCAACAACCAUGCUCUAAAUAUCCUAACUAAGUUUGACCUUAAUGUCUCAUCAUUCAUGGAAGCUCUUUUACCCACUGCACUAAACUUCUUUUCUACAUUAUAUACACAAUUCUAACUCCACAGACAGUCCCUUCGGAUACAUCCGAUAACUCCACAAACAGAAAACUCAUACUAUGAAGUGAACAGUUAAGAUAAGCACCAAUUUCUGUUGGUUAAUCGCAUGCUUGGAGCCACUAACCAUAGCAAAGAGACUUAAAUCAAUCAAACAAAUCAUGGUCUUCAAACUUAACUACAUUCAUCAAUUGGCUAAAUAGAGAAAAAUUCCCAACUUUCUCAGUGAACACGGCCUUUCUAUCUACCAUAUCAUAUCAUAUCAAUCCUCCCACGAAGAAGAUGGAAGAACUACAACAACAACAUCCAUCCAAAGCUUCCUCACCAAAGGAAGCAUCAUCAACAACCACAACCGCAACCACAACAACAACAACCACAACUGCUGUGAAUUCUUCAGACUCGAAUUCUUCUACCCUAACAACAGAAGAACCCAAUGCUCCUCCUCAACAGAAGAAGAUUGAGGAACAACAACAACAACAACAACAACAACAACAACAAGAGCCUGCUAAGGAUGUUGCUGAAACGGAGACAAAUCAAGCACAACCUCAACAGCAAAAACAAGGUGAAGAGAAGGUAAAUGCUGCAAAUUCUCCUUCAAAACAAGUGAAGGAACAACAGGAACCGCCAUUGCAGCUAAUUAUCAAGCUAAACACAAAGAAGAUAGUACUAACCGAAAAAAGUUGCGGUGGAGGAGGGGUUUUGUGCAGAGUCUUCGUUAGCUAUCGAUGGGAAGAGGGGUUUUGUGCAGAGUCUUCGUUAGCUAUCGAUGGGAAUUCACUAGUCAAUUGUUCUGGUUCGUGGCAUUUCCUAUCCAGCACUAAGUUAGUAGGAGGGGGAAAAUUGGAAGCACAGAGAUUCAAUUGAACUGCUGUCAAAAACUAGAACGAAGUAAACGAUACAUGGAAUAGAAUUCAAGAGUAAAA